GUUCUGGCUGAUCAGGUCGCGUUAAAUUUGGCAUGCUUUCCUGAAAUGAAAGGCGAUAAAUAAAACCUUGGCAGGUCCAGGUUCAAGCUCUCUCGCAUAGUUCCGAGACUUCCUCGUCAGAGUUCAACGCGUUACGAUUCGUUCGCCAGCAGUCGACGUAAGAUGCUUGCAUGCUGGCUGUCCACAAUCGCUGUGGGACGAUGGAUCUCUGCGGUGCUCUGUCGGGGAAGGCGAUCUAUCGCGAACUAUCGCGAAUGCGAGAUCGCCAUGCGGACGUACGAAGGCUGGGUAGUCAGCAGCUUUGACGCGCUCAGGGACGUCGACGGCCAUCAACGGCAGUCUGCGGUCCAACCUCACGGGCUGACGCUCAAUGGCGCCUCUCGCAUAAACAACUCUCCAGUUUCUCUCGGCUGCACCGGGUGGUUUGAGGCUCCCUGCCGGGUGCUCCUUGAUCCGCCUUGCCCUGUGAUAUAUAAGCCAUUCCCUUCCCCAGGCAGCCGUUGGAAGGAGAGACGAUAUCUGUGGUUGGAAUCAGGAGAUGGUGGUGAUCUGACAAUAGAGGGCGAUUUGGCGGCUGAUGGGAGAUGGAGGAAGGGCGGCGCGGCCGAACCGUGGAUUUCCCGUGCCGCGAUGCGGAUUUACGUACUGGAAAGGAUCUAAGUAUCGGGCACUUGAGAUUCCCGGAUGGCCGGUUCCCCAGAUUGUUGAUGGAUCUCACCGAGACCAUCCCGGCCCCAUCUCCAAAAGCCCGUCUGCGAAAGCGCAUCCCUAUGCUACGACGACAAGGAAUGGAGCAUUCGCGCAGGAGAGCAGCAAUAUCAGCAUGUGGCGUGGCACUUUGAUGGGAUGCACCGCGCUGAGCCAAACUGUCGGGCGCUUCCAGACCUGAGGUUCUGAAUCGGAGUUUAUUUUUCGAAUCUCGCCCGAUUUCUAUUC